AUUAGCUUAUUUGUUUUUGUUUAUUGUGCUGUGAAUUUUCAACUCAUCAAUGAAAAUUUACACUGUGUCUUUAUUUGGAAUGUCCCGACGUGUAAUGUUAAAACUUCUAAAGUGAAUGCCUUUUUAAUUAGUCAGAUCUUUUGAACAGAUAUCUUUGUAAAGGAAGAUAAACAUGGAGGCGCUGUUGCCCUCUGAAGUUGCUCGAUUAGUUUAUGGGUACCUGGAAGCUGAAAAAUGCCCGGAGGCUGCUUUGUUGUUCCUACAAACAUCCCAGCAUCUGAAAGAGUGUCACGCUUUCUAUUUGCAAAAUAGAAGAUUCUCUACCAAAGUCAUGGGUCUGACGCUCCUUCAAUGUCUAGAUUAUCUGUGUUCUGUUUAUCGCACCGUACAAAGCCAUCUUUGCACGUUUGAGAAUGACCCACUGGAAAAACUCAGCCUCCCAGAACAACUCGACUACCUGUUAAACUCCAUGAACUUCAAAGCUGGGAACAAUGAUCAGGCAGCAAGAGUUCCAAAUCAGGUUGAUCCAAAAACUCCUGAAAAAGUGGCGACUUCUCCAUUCCACAAAAUGGCUAAGAAAUCCCGUACAAAAAACGCUUCUGAUAAAGCUACAUUCCCUGGAUCAAGUACUGUUUUUACAUCGUUCCCUUUCCCUGUUGAUGAUGAUGUGGGGUCUGUUUUGCCGGUUCCUGAAACUACGAGCCUGGAGUCUCUGCCAGGCAACACAAGAAACCGACGUAAAUCACCACUCAUAGUGAAGAAUGAUGAUUUUUUUAGUGAUGAAGGAUCCGCUAACCAAACACCAGUUGAUUCCAAUCGUUUUAAGAAGCCAAAUCUACCAAACUUGACAAACCUCUUCCUAGACAAACCUGAUCUCUGUUCAAAAAUCUCCAUAAAUAUCAACAAAGCUUUAAAUUUCCCGGAUAAGCCACGAACGAGGAGUAGAGACAAAAGCAAAGACAUAGGAAAGUCAGCUGGAGAGCAGCUGGAUACGGCUAUCAAAUCACUCGUCAAUCAGCUUGUUGACGAGGAUCCUGUCUUCGACGAUGUUCUCGCUGAAAUCAUAGAUCAAUUACCUACACCUGCUCCGGCACCUUCUUCUCCAAAUAAUACGCCAAAAGUCCAGGAAAUACCUAAGUCAGGAACAAUUCCUGAAAUUAAUCUUGCUCAUGGCGAUGUGUUGCCCACUGCGGACUUCGGAAAUGGGGUUUUGCCCUCAGCAGACUUACAACCGUCAUCGCAAAAUGCCCAAAAUGAAAUUUGUCCGAGUAAUAUCCCCAGCCCACAAAAGACAGCAUCACUCACAAAAACCUGUAGCACAUCAGAAAUCGGAGAGCUCCAAAAGCCACCGGAAAAUAUCAUGCAAAUUCCGAAAACGAUCUCCAUGCAACCGGCAAGUGCAAUCUCCUCGCAAAUUCCUGCAAGCCACUUGCCAGAACAACUUUCAGUCAAUUGCGCAGUGCAUUCUACUGAGUCUUCAACACCGCAGCUUUUAGAACUGACAAAUAUGCAACCAGCAGAGGUAUCAAGCACCCAGCCUCUAACGAUAUCAACAGUGGCGGUGACAGGGUCCAGUGCACAACCAGUAGAAUUGUCGAGGAUAUCGCCUUUGCAGGUGUCAAGCGUACAACCGGUGCAGGUGACAAAUUCACAGAGAGUGGAGUCAAGUAUCAUUGUCCUAGCGGAAGCUGCGAAUUUGGUCGAGUCACAACAGCUGGUGAUGCAGACCGCGGAUGGAUAUUACUCGUUCAUACCGACUAGUACAGAAGUGAGCUCAACGGUGUCUUCAAAAAUCAUAACGAAUAAUCAGCAUGGAACGCUGUUACAUUUCGGUGAGAUUCCAGCUAAAAAUGAAUUUGUCAACAUCGCGCCAAAGCCGGGGUCAACUAACUCCACCAAUUUUGUGACUGAGAUGCAGACUACUUUUCCACACUCAGCAAUGCCAGCUCAAAUGAAAAGAUCAAGAUCUUCCAAGGAACCACGCCAACAUGCAAAGAAAAAGAAAGAGGCAACUGGAAAGCUUAAAGAACCACUUGUAGUUGAGGUUCGCAUUCUUGAUGCAGCAAAAGAUGCUCGUUUGGAGACGAGCUCUGAUAGCAAAGAAAAAGUUACGGCUGCUGAAUCAUACAGACAACUUGUUGAAGCAAUGUCAUUUGUGGGCGAUGAAAGAAGUGCAACGCCUAGGAAAACACCUGUAAAAAGCACUAACUUAAUUUCAGUUGAUUCUGCAAUAACUCCUUCUAAAUUUGAUUUAGACCCAAACCAGACUAAACCUAAGGAAGAUAAAGAUAUUCCUGUUGAAAUUGCAAUAAAUUUAGAAACUGCACCUACGCCUGGUUCAAACCUACCCAAAAUCGAAACUGCAGAAAACACCACAACAACUGAGUCUGCAUCCAACUGUGGCGUCGAACCCAUUGAAAAUCGAAUCAAAGAAAAAUCUUCCCUGAAAACUACUGACACUGUAUCUGCGGUUACAGUUCAGAUGAAAACAGCAAUAUCCUCUCCAGAAGAACCACCUCAGAAAGCAAAGAAAAAUAAAGAGGUAGCUGCAGAAUUUCAAGAACCAGUUUCAGUUGAGGCUUGCAGCCUUGAUGCAGCGAAAGAUCCUUGUUUAGAGAUGAGCUCAGUCAACAAUGAUCUAGUCACAACUGCUGAAUCAUUCAGACAACCUGUUGAAUCGAUGUCAUCUGUGGGUGAUGAAAGAAGCGCAGUGCCUAGCAAAGCACCUUCAGAAAGUAUAAAUUCAGUUUUAAGUGGUUCAGCAAUAACCGCAACUAAACCAGAUUUAGAUCUAGACCAGACUAAACCUAAAGAAGAUUUUGAUAUUCCUGUUGGAAUUGCAUUGAACCUCGCUGAAACAGAAUCUGCAGAAGACACCACAACAAUUAAGUCAGCAUCCAUAUGUGGACCUGAAAUCAUGCUUACGUCUGCAUCGAGCCUGCCUAUAACGGAAACUGCAGAAGACACCACAAAAGUUGAGUCUCCUCCCAAAUGUGGACCAGAAACCAUACUUGCAUCUUCAUCGAACCUACCUGAAAUGGAAACUGCAGGGGACACCGAAAAAAUUAACUCUGCACCCAACUGUGGACCUGAAACUACACUUGCGUCUGCAUCAAACCUGCCUGAAAUGGAAACUGCAGAAGACACCACAAAAAUUGACUCUGCAUCCAAUUGUGCAGUCGUUUCCAUUGAAAAUCGAACUGAAAAAGAGUCUCCUCCAAAAAUGACUGAUACCGAUGUACUUGAUGAAAUCAACCCAAAGACUGAGUCACAGAUUGAAUUUGCUACAAUCUCUCCCUUGCGAGUCCCUAACAACCAUCGACAGAGUUUAAGCACCCCACGACGAAAGAAAAAUCAUGUACGCGUCUUAGACUUUGGCACACCUCAAAAUUUCAAAGACUCAUUUCAGCGAAAAGCCAACACAUCACCAAAAGCACUAAAAUCAAGUGAACCACCCAGUGAACGCAUCAAAAGCAUUCGACGAGGAGAACUCUUUCAAUCGCCGGAAACAUCAUGGUAUUUGGCCACCACUCCCGAUACAGUGAACCAUGAUAUUGUAAAGCCAGAUCCAAGUACGCCGCCCUCUGUCAGAUCAAUCAUGUCUCCACCAAGCUGUAUUAAAGAAGCAUCACCUCUCAGUUGCCAAGAGUCAGUUCCUCCACCUGAACAGUCAAAGUUUACAAUUGCGACGCGGUCACCUCAGCCUAGACUUAGUGGUGGUUGGGACAAAAUUAAUGGACUGGGGCUCAUUGUGAGCUCCCCAAAGUCAACCCCUUCCAAGAGCUGCGAUGAAGACUCUAAUUCACUCAGCUGCUCAAAAUUGCCGGUCAACACUGUCAAACCAACACCUUUGAAGGAGUCCUGGGAUCACAAACUCCGGGCCAUGCUCCGAGGUGACUACGAAGAACCUGAGCCGCCAAAAAAGCAGACACAAUCAAAAAGCAGCCCUAAAAAAUCUAUUCCUAAAACUAGCCCCAAAAAGUCUAAUCCUAAAACCAGCCCUGAAAAAUCUAAUCCUAAAACCAGCUUAAUGUCAAAAGCCAAAGUAAUCCCGAAAAAACGCGGCCAAAAGAAAAAGAUGAAGAUCUCUCCAGUGAAAGUACCUCCUAAACCUUCAAGCUCGAGCGUACCAGGUAGAUUAUUGCCAGCAAAAGAAAAGAAAAUAGAAAGAGAAAAUUUUCCUUGUGAGAUGGAUUUGGAAGUCAGUCAAUCUAAAGUUUUGCGAGAGGCCAAGUCAGAAACAAUUUCAGUAAUUGAUCCAAAACUUCUCCAAAAUCCAGUGAUUCAAAUUUGCAAGUCUAUUCAGCCUAAUAGGAUAAGUGAUGAUAAGUCACUCGACAUGGGUAAAUUUAUCAAAAAGUCCAAAUCUCAUCAAGACCAGGAGAAUACUACUGGUGUAUCACAAGAAAAAUCAGAGGAGACCAGUCAGUUUUCUGAGCAAUUGAAAAGCAGCCCUAAGAGAUCUAAUCCUAAAACUAGGUUAAUGCCGAAAGUUAAAUUAAGCCCCAAAAAGAGCGGCAGAAAGAAAAACAUCAAGAUCUCUCCAGUGAAAAUAUCUCCUAGACCUUCUAGCUCUGUAAGUGAGGCAAAUACUAGUCCAAUGUUGAGCUCUUCAUCUUCAGAACUCCCUUCGGUAAAAACACUGACAGCGAAAGGAAAGAAAAUAGAAGAAGAAAAAUUUCCCUGUGAUGCAGAUUCAGAAGUCACUCAAUCUACAAUUUUGCAAGAAGCCAAGUCAGAAAAAAUUGCAGAAACUAAUCCUCAGAUUCCUAGGCCUAUUCGAUCCAAUAGGACCAAGAAGUUACCUGAUGCAAGUAAAUUUAUCAAAAUGUCAGGACCAGACCAAGACCAGAGGAGUGUAAUCUCUGUAUCACUGGAAAAAUUAGAAGAGAGCUGUCAGUUUGCGGAGCUAAAAAAGCAGACCAAAUCAAGAGUGCGAUCUAAAAAUUCUAACCUUAAAAUCAGCGCAGUGCCAAAAGCCAUAUCAAGCCCCAAGACACGCAGCCAAAAGAAAAACAUCCAGAUCCCUCCCGAGAAAACAUCUCUCACACCUACUAAAUCCGUCAGUAAACUAAAUGCCAGGAAAAAGAGCAUUUCAUCUCCAGAACGCUCUCCACUCAAACCACAAACUGCAAGAAAAAGGAAAGUCGAAGGUGAAAAACUCUCCCAUGAGGCAGAUUCAGAAGUCUUUCAAUCGGAAAUUUUGCGGAAGGCGAAGUCAGAAAAAAUUGUAGAAAAAGAUUCUCAACCACUCACGUUGGUUCUACUGGACGGCACCGAUGAAGAACUGUCGCUUGAUGUAAGUAAACUUAAUGAAAAGUCCAAAUCAUAUCAAGACCAGGAGAAUACAAUCAGUGCAUCACAAGAAAAAACAAAAGAGACCUCUCAAUUUUCGCCACCAAAAAAGAAGACAAAAUCAAAAAGUAAAUCUGAUCUGAAAAACAGCACAAUGCCAAAAGUAAAAUUAAGCCCUAAAAAAAGCAGCAAGAAGAAAAACAUACUGAUCUCUCCGGCUAAGUUAUCUCCAGCACCUUCUUGCUCCACUAAUGAGCCCAGUGCCAGCUCAAAAAUCAGUUCUUCGUCCACAGACUGCUCUCCAGUUAAAUCAGUGUUAGCAAUUGACAAGAAAAUGGAGGGAGAAAUAUUCUCUCCUGAGGCAGAUUCGAAAGCCAACCAAUCGAAAAAUUCGCAGAAAGUAAAGUCCGAAAUAAUUUCAGAAACUGAUGCUCAAACGCCCACAUCAAUUCAACCCAACAGCUUGAAUGAUAAUGUGUUGCUUGAUGAAGGUAAAAUUAUCGAGAAGUUAAAAUUAGACCAAAAUAAUGCACUACAGGAAAAAUCAGAAGAGACCGGCCAGCCUAUGGAGCAAUGGGAAAGCAGCCCUGAGAAAUCUAACCCGAAAACCAGAGUAAUGUCAGAAGUCAAACUAAGUCCGAAUAAAUGCAGGGAUCAGAAAACCAUGCAGACUUUUCCAAUGAGGAUAUCUCCUGAACCCUCUAGCUCCGUCACUAAACCAAAUGUCAGCCCAACAAAAAGCUUUUCACCUCCAGAACUAUCUCCAAAAGAACUUGCUGCAAAAGAAAGAAAAACAGAAGGUGAAAAUUUCUCUUGCAAGACAGAUGCAGAAAUCAGCCCAGUUUUACCAAAACUCUCGCCUCAUAAACCAAAGACAUCAGAGAAAGGUAAGAAAUAUGAUAAGUUUCUUGAUGCAGCUAAAGUUAUUGAAAAGCCCAAAUCGGGUCAAGAUGCAGGGAAUGCAAUCUGUGCAAUACAGGAAAAAUCAAGAGGGACACAACAGUUUUUGGAGCCAAAAAAGCAGACUGAAUCAAAAUGCAGCCCUACUAAGUCUUGUCCUGAAACUAGCACACUGCCAAAAGCCAAACUAAACCCCAACAAACGGGACGGUGUGAAAAACAUGAAGAUUUCACCGAUGAUUGUAUCUCCUGCACCUUCCAGCUCUGAUAGUAAGCCAAAUGCCAGCACGAUCUCCAGCUUUCCAUCUCCUGUUAGACCACUGUCAGGGAAAGAAAAAGAAAGGGAAGGAGAAAAAUUUUCCUGCGAGAAAAAUUUAGAAGUCAGUCCGUUACUACCCAAAUUCUCACCUCAUGGACCAAACUCAAUGAAGCCUGUGAUUAAUAUUCUAGCUGAUGAAGACAUUAAAAAAAGUUGCAGUUCCACUUUGCUUUCCUCCUCCUCAAACGUUUCGGAGCAGGCUGCUGCAACAACUGAAAAUCAGGCCACUCAAGAUAAUUUUCCUGUGGCAAAGUUCUCCUCCCCAGAAAUAUUGAACAUUUUACAGAAGGCAGAGUCAGAAAUACUUCUGAAAGCUGAUUCGUCAAUUCGUAGGUCUAUUUCAUCCAAUAAAAAUGACGACGAUUUGUUGCUUGACGCAGUUAAAUUCAUCGAUGAGUCCAAAUCAGACCAAGACCAGACGAAUGUAAUCUGUGCAUCUCAGAAAAAAUCAGAACAAACCUGUCAGUUUUCAGAGCCAUCUGUCAGCACCAACAAAAGAGAGGAAAGUAUUAUCUACACACCAAAAGAGUCCCUCCAAAAUAUCAUUUAUGUCUCAAGUGACGAAAACUCCCUUCCUUUUAAAAGUGAUGUAGAUCACAAAGCCAACGAAGAAUUUCUGAAAAACUAUGGUUUUUGUGUUGAGUAUGAGAUUGAUGACGGGCUGAUAACUAUUUCAACAAAUACAGUAACUGAAGAGGCUGUACUGCUCAGUAUUCCAUCAGUGCAUGAUGACAUGACAAAAGAUAUGAUUAAAGAUGUUUACAGAAAGAAAGCGAAUCAAGAAAGAGACAAUGGAGCUACUCAAAUUCUCAAGAUGGGGCAUGCCUCUGAUCGAUCACUUUGUGCAGAAGAAGAGGACCAAAGUUCUAGGUCCUCUGAAAGUAAGUAUGGACAAGACAAAUAUCAAUCUCACACCCAUGGUAGAGAAAAAUGGAAAACACAAAAAUCUUUACCCUACAGCGGGCAUGACCAAAAAGGACCUCAUGAAAGACUGAAACACAAGAGCCGAUCCCCAGUUCGAGAAGCUUGGCAUGGGCCUGACCAAAAAGGACCUCAAGAAAAACUGAAAUACAAGAGCCGAUCCCCAGUUCGAGAAGCUUGGCAUGGGCCUGACCAAAAAGGACCUCAAGAUAAACUGAAACACAAGAGCCGAUCCCCAGUUCGAGAAGCUUGGCAUGGGCCUGACCAAAAAAGACCUCAUGAAAAACUGAAACACAAGAGCCGAUCCCCAGUUCGAGAAGCUCGGCAAUGUGAAAGUGCAAAAUUCAUCGCUGAUGGAAAAGGGCAUCAUGCAAAAUCCCCAGACGGGAGACAUUUGUGUGAUAAGAAUAGCCUUAGUGAGGACAGGAGGAGCUCAGAAUCAUUCUCCAGAUCACAGAGAUCUUGGGAGGGACAGCGAUUGUACAGCAGAAAAAAACCAAUUUGCUCCCGAAGAUCUCCAUCUCCUGAAGCUGUACAUUUGAACGAACGACGUAGCCAACACAGGGAUCCAUUAAGCAGAUUUACAUCAUCAGAAACUAGACUGUCUUGUAAAGAAGUUCAUACGUAUAACAAAAGCAGAGACAAAGCUCGUCACAGUUCUACAUCCCUUGAAGUUCGCGAUUACCGAGAAAGAAACCGUGGGCAGGAUCAUUACUUUCCAUUGAGAAAGAGUCCUAUUAAAAUUAUACCCCUUAAGCACCAACAUAGAGAUUUCUCCGGAAAAUCUCAGUCUUCAGGAACAAGGCAGUCUCCUAAAGAACUUCAAAUGCACAGCCAAAGCAAGUAUAAAGUUUGUAAUAGCUCUACAUCCCUCAAAGAUCAAGAUAUCCGUGAAAGAAAUCGAAGACAAGACCAUUACCCUUCGUCAAGAAAGAGAGCGCUAGAUGGCGAUAGACACUCGAAUUACCUUCAUAGACAUACUCAAGAAACCAAAUCAUCUGGAAAUGGUGCAAAGCACAGACGUUCUCGAGAGAGUCAUAAUCUGAAGAACCCCGAUUUUUCCCAUCAGCAAAAGUUAGAAGUGACCCAUGAAACGGAGACCACGACUCCUUUAGAAUUUGAGAGGACUGAUCCAAGCCCCAUUGCAGGAUUAAGUCAAGAGGUAAUAAUGGGCCUUAAAGAGAAAGGUCUUUACGAUGAUUACGUCAAGUAUUGGAAACUCAAAGAGAGUCAGCGCCAGCAAGAAGAAAAAAUGAGCCCCGAUGAUCAUCAAACUUUGGACGCUUCAAAAGUACAGAAUGUUUCUGCUAGCUCGAUGCAGGACUCAGAACUAGAAGAUGGAGAAAUUACGUCUGACAGUGUCUCUUCAAAUUUUGGGGUGGAAGCCAACAGCAGAUAUACAACUGAUGAGCAAGAUUUGGACAUAAGCGAAUACAAGGUCAAGAGAAGGAAAAUUGUGGACUCAUCAGAUGAAAAUACUUCCACCUCGGAUUUACCUGUGAAAUCUAAACAUGAAGCAAAAAAUCUGCUGGACACCCAGGACAUUGACAUGUUUCUGCGGAAGAUCCACCCACCGGAGAAAGAAGGAAUCCAAUCCAACGACUCUGAAUAACUCUUUGUAGAAUUACAAGUUCCAUCCUGUGAUUGUAAUUUUCAUAAGCAAUGAAAGUUCAUGUAAUUGAUCAUUGAUAAUUUUAUAAUUUAUGAAUUCCUGACCUUUGGUAGACUGCUCAGUAGUGAUUCUUGCAAGAAGACCUUCGUAGUUGGUGACAUUGUGCUUACAAUUAAGAACAAAUUACCAUUAAUCGUUAGAAUUCAGUGUGAAUAAUGGUCUAACUGGAAAAAAUAACAGUGCGAGAAUUAUCUUUGAGGUCGCUGCUGACUUUGUGAAUGCUCAGACAAAAUUGUUUAAUUGGCCCUUACAGUUUGAGACUUCUUUUGUUGUUUAGCAUAUGUGAUCUGUUCCAACAUGAGUUGCAUGAGCUCUGAUGUAGACAAUGCUGUGCAUUAGAUAAAUAGAGGCUACAGUCAUGACACGCUUAGACACCUAAAAUCUGUCUUAUUUCUUUUAAGCAAUCAAAAUAAUUUUUGUCAAAAUGCAUUCUGAUGAUAUUUUGCACCGAUUCGUUACUGAUUUAUUGCUGCUUGUUAUUGAUUACCCUGGUGCCUUAAUUUUUACUAUCUUCUUCUCUUAUGGUGUGCUCGGCACUAUAUUUUACUAGACCCCAUAUAAUUAAAAUGAUAACCACUCUUUUUCAACAUAAUUAUCUCUGUAAGUGGCUCAGUGACACCAAUUUUUUUUAUUUAUUAUUAUUAUUAUCUUCUGAAGUGCUUCAUCUCGCCGCACUCCUCCGCAACAAGAGGGAGAAGAGUGCAACAGAAAGGGCCCCAAUCAUUAUUAUUAUUACCAUUUUCUAAUAGUAGAGAGUGAACUUAACGUACCUUCCAGGGAUUUUUUCAGAUUUUUUGAACCCUGAGUGGCAAAGAAACUUGGUCUUGAAAACGCCAAAAAUGGGAUUAGUUUGAAACGGUAUUUUUUGCAGGCGCUGAUGACAUAGCCAGGCGUUAGAAACAGCGUUUGCUAAUUGGCUAAAUUCAGCCUCAGACGUCAUCUUGGCACGUCCACUUGACUGUCGGCUUUUGAUUGGUCCGAUUAUGAUUCUCUCUCCCCUUGGAAACGAUUUUGUUAACUUAUUAGUAACCUUCUUGGUUUUUUCAUAAAAUUUUGCAAGAGAAUUACUAUUCUACAACUCUGCAACAAUUCCUUUCCACUGCUCCCAUUUAUGUGUGCUGUGCCCAUUGUCUGUGUAAUUAACUUUGACACUUCAGACAACUGUAAUGAAUUAUCAAUGACAAAGAAUUUUAAAGAAACAUACCUGGCUGCUUUGUGGUCAUUUUGUUGAUUACUUUAAUGUAGAAACAUUUCAUAAUGGUGAAAUUUUUGUAUUUUAAGUUACCCUAUUUUUAGUUCUUUGCUAGAGGUUCAGUUACCAUAACAUUGAAGAUCAGCUGGGCUGCACUGCAUUUGCAUUGCAGUAAAUAUUGGAAAGGUCAAUAAAUGAUCGACAAGGUCUUUGAAAUUCUACUGUAAUCUUACUCAGUUAUCUUACCGUAUGAUUUUCUGGAGACUUGCCCACCUGUGUAAAACUGUUUCAUUUGAGCGGUUGAUCUCCUAAUUUGUUAUUUUUUAAAAUUUUAUCUACCUCUUUCUGCGGUAAGUAAAUAUUUGUCAACUUGUAAGUAUCUUUAAAUGUUUUUCUUUUAUGUAUCUUUGUAAAUUGAUGGACAGUUCGUUAUUGUAAGUACGAUUGUAAAUUAAAUUUCUUUAUCUGUAACAUACCUAGUGUGGAUGAUCAUAAUUAAAUAUUUUUUCCUACUUAUUCA